AUGUUGAAAUCGUAUUGCAGAAAAAUUUUUGUCAGCGUAUCGCAUCCACAUUUUCGACGCUUAUGUAAUACACAAACAUGCAAAUCACAGUAUCUUGCACAUGCGCCGAUCACGCAAAAAUUAAUCUGCCAACGAAAAUUCAACAAAAAGGAUUACCGACUUUUGUCAUCAUGCAAAGCCUCCGAUCAAUUCUGCAUCGACAAACCGAUGAAGUGGCCAAGUGGCAACUUAGCGAAGUACAAAUUCCACGAGGACACCGAGAAUAUUCUAAAUGAACAGAUAAAUAUUGAAUUAAAAGCUUGCUAUCAUUAUUUGUCCAUGGCUGCAUAUUUUGGACGUGUCGACGUAGCGUUGCCCGGUUGCGAAUCGUUUUUCAUACAGAUGCAUCACGAAGAGCACGAACACGCUCUCAGGUUUCUAAAUUACAUUCAAAUGCGCGGGGGGCGUGUAAAUUUGUGUCCAGUACUGCCCCCCAAUGACCAAGAUUGGAAAUGUCCUCUGCAUGCGUUUAAAACGGCUUUAGAAUUAGAGACUGAAGUAGCAGAAAAACUGGUAGCUGUAAAUACCGUGGCGGAAAAACAUGGCGAUUUAAAUGCCAGUGACUUUAUUAUUACUGGCUUCAUGGAAGAUCAAAUGAAGAGCGUAAAUGAAAUGGGGAGAUUCGUGGCUGUUUUAUCUGGAAUCGGGGAUCAAGCACUGGCACGUUUCAUAUUCGAUAAAGAUUUACUGAAAAAUUAUGUUGUACCGAAAUUCAACGUUAUUCGCACAAAAUUGCAUGUAAUGAAAACAAAUGGCGCUGCCGUUUCCAUGUAAAAUUAGGCGGGAAUGUGUAAUCGUUUUAGUAACGUAUAUUGUAACGUCUGUUAUUUCUUUGAUUGGAUAGAGAUAAAGGUAUAAGUUUAAUAAACUACGUGUAACAAAGAAUUUGAUAAUGUAUGAAGUGUAAAUUAAAAACUGAAGUCUAAUAAAAUAUCGUUCUUUGAAGUUCGAAUUACUAUUACUAAACACAGUAGUAUAUUAAUAAAAAUUUAUUAAUA